CUACUGUUCUGAAUGGAGACAACAGGAACACACAGGAGUUUCUGAAGACCAUCGUAUUGAGGACCAGAAGGACUCUAGAUGAUGACGUGUUCUUACCUCUUUACCCCAAGAAUGUGUUGGAGAAUAAGAACGGUGGUCCAUACCUCUUCUUCCAGAGACAGUUCUGGUCCUGUGUCAAGUUGCUAGGUAACAGAUAUUGA